CCGCGCCAUGGGGACCGCGCUCGUGUACCACGAGGACAUGGCGGCGCCCAGGCUGCUCUGGGCCGACCCCGAGUGCGAGAUCGAGUGCCCCGCGCGCCUGACCGCGGUCCUGGAGAGCCUGCGGCGGCACGGCCUGGAGCAGAGGUGCCUCCGGCUGGUGGCCAGGGAGGCCUCUGAGGAGGAGCUGGGCCUGGUGCACAGCCCUGAGUACGUGGCCCUGUUGCGGGGCACCCAGGCCUUGGACACGGACGCGCUGUGGGCGCUGUCUGCGCAGUUCGACGCCGUCUACCUCCACCCGAGCACCUUCCACUCUGCGCGGCUGGCCGCGGGGGCGGCCCUGCAGCUGGUGGACGCGGUGCUGACCGGAGCUGUGCACAACGGGCUCGCCCUGGUGAGGCCUCCCGGGCACCACAGCCAGAGGGCGGCCGCCAGCGGGUUCUGCGUGUUCAACAACGUGGCGGUGGCGGCCCAGUACGCCAAGCAGCGGCACGGCCUGCGCAGGAUCCUCAUCGUCGACUGGGACAUCCACCACGGCCAGGGCAUCCAGUACAUCUUCAAGGACGACCCCAGCGUCCUUUACUUCUCCUGGCAUCGCUACGAGCACGGGCGCUUCUGGCCCUACCUCCGCGACUCGGACGCAGAUGCCGUCGGGCAGGGGCCUGGUCGCGGCUUCACCGUGAACCUGCCCUGGAACCAGGUGGGGAUGGGGAACGCUGACUACCUGGCCGCCUUCCUCAGCGUGGUGCUGCCCCUGGCCUUCGAGUUUGACCCCGAGCUGGUGCUGGUCUCGGCAGGAUUUGACUCAGCGAUUGGCGACCCCGAGGGGCAGAUGCUGGCCACGCCUGAGUGCUUCGCCCACCUCACCCGGCUGCUGCAGGCGCUGGCCGGGGGCAGGGUCUGCGCUGUGCUGGAGGGCGGCUACCACCUGGACUCGCUCUCCCUGUCGGUGUGCAUGACCUUGCAGGCGCUUUUGGGUGACCCGCCCCCGCCCCUGCAGGGGCCCCUGGUGCCGCAGAGCAGCGCCCUGGAGUCCAUCCAGAGCACCCGGGCAGCCCAGGCCCCUCACUGGAUGAGCCUCCGGCAGUCGGGUUGGUGCGACUCGGACCAGGCUGGGGGUCCAGGUGUCUCCCCUGGGUCCACGCGUCCCUCCGGCCUCCCAUCAGUGACCGCGACUCUGAACCACCUCCCAGACGCAGCCCCAGUGCUGAGUCCCGGCCCCCGCUCCUCAGAGGGGGGCCCCUCGCCUCUGCCGCCCGGGGGGCCUGAGGUUCCUGCAGGUGCCGUGCAGGCAGCGGCCACGCUGAGUUCCCUCCUGGGCAGGCUUUGCCUCUGCCCCACGCCGCCCUUGCGCACCGCAGCAGCCCUGCCCGCAUCGUUCGCGGCUCUGGCCCUGCCCCCUGCCAUCGGCCGGCAGGAGGAGUCAGUUCCAUGGGGAGAGCUGCAGGCCUGGGCUAGGCCACAUGAUGUCCUGACCCAGGCCGAGGCCCUCGCUGCACUGGGGAAGGCCCUGCGCCUUUUGGACAGGAUCCUGGACGGGCAGGUGAGCAGCGGCCUUGCAGCCCUCCCCACCCCCGCGGUGGCCACCGCCCUGGACAUAGCCCUUUGGCGCUGUCUGUCCCGGGGAACCCAGAGGCUGUUCUGUGUGGCUGUGGGACAGCUGGACCCGCCCCCAAGCCUCUCCCACGACAGAAGGAGGACUCUGUUCCUGAGCAUCGGGGGCCAGGAGGCGGCCGCCCCAUCCAUGUUCCGCGUCUCCAUGCCACUGCCAGGGACGACGGGUGGCUUCCUGAACGGUGUCCUGGCCCUGGUGCUGCCUCUGGCCUAUGACUUCCAGCCCGACCUGGUGCUGGUGGUGCUGGGCCCGGCCCACGGCCCAGGCCCCCAAGCUGCACUCCUGGCCGCCCUGCUGCAGGCGCCGGCAGGGGGCCGCGUCUUGGUCCUGCUGGAAGAGGCCGCCCCGCCCCAGCUCGCAGGGGCGCUGGCACGGGCGCUGCACGGAGAGGCACCCCCCGGCCUGGGCCCGUUCUCCCCGGCCGCCCCGGCGGAGAUGCAGGCCCUGGCGUACCUGAGGGGGCAGCUGGGACCGCGGUGGAAGCUGCUGCGCGCGGCCGGUGAGCGGGACCUCGGGCACCUGCCUGGCGCUUUGCGGGGGCGGCCGCCGCCCGCCUGA